GUGGGAUGAGUCGAACUUCCUGGCGACCUACCGCCCAGCGUACAGAAACUGCGAUUUCAUGAAGAUGAAUGAGCCGGCGCUCGCCAGCUCGGUCUGGAGGAGGACGGGAAGGAGGUGCAAAGAGUGAUUUCGAAACUAAAGAAGCCAUGACCCUCGACAGCUUAGCUAAUAAAUUAGCCACCACUGAUACCUCGGAGCUCAACUCUCCAGUGCGGGAGCCGAAGAAGGAUGGGGCGCACACCAGCAAAAUCUUCCUGGACAAACAAGAGAAACAGUGGCAGUUCGAAAUGAAAAGGAAGCUUUACUGCAACCAAGGACUGAACAUCGAACUGGCCAGACAGCUGAUUUCCAAAGAUCCACAACGUGAGGAGGUUGAGGACGAAAACAAAGAAAGUUGGCGUGCCACCAGCCAAGACAAGACCACCACCAUGAAAGAAUCAGAGGAUGGCCCCACCAGCGACGAGGAACUGCAGACCCAGUCAUUCAACGACGAGAAGACAACGUUUGAUCAACGCCGCAAUUGUUUGUCAGAUCCAAACCCUGUUACUAUAACCUGCGGCUUCUUGUUCUGUAGAGCUCAUGCUUCAAGUACUGAAACACUUAUCGGUUAAAUUGUACUGCGAUAAUUAAACGGUAAACUUAGAAGAUAAUAGGUUAACUGGAAAAAUCCCUGCUUGCUAUUCUGUCUGGUUCUUUGCCACAAA